AAAAAGAUUCGGGAAAGAAUAUCUAUAAAUUAUUUAAUUUUAACAUUUUUCUAUUUCUAUUUUAUCCCUCUAAUCCGAAUCUCAAAGCUGUCAAAUUUCCCCCUUGAUUGAGAGAGGAAAAAAAGGGGUGCUCUAGAUGCACGUUAAGAUCUCGAGCGACUCUUUCUUAGUUUGAAUUUUCAGUAAUUUUGAAUAGCAAAGCAGCUAAAGAAAGGGGAGACUUGCAAGUCUUCUGACGUUUUCUUCUUCUUCUUCUUUUUCGAAUGAUUCAAGGUUACCCUUCGGUGGAAGGACAAAUUUGGAUUGGCAUGGGAAGCUGGAUGGCAGUUUACGACCGUAAUUGCUUCUAUUGAUUAGAGAAUUACUUUGUGUUCGAGUAGGAUGGGUUGUGGCUGUUCAAAACUCUCAGGUUGCUGUUGGACUUUAGAUCAUAACAAGCCUGUUCCUGACCUCCAGGAUGUUGAAAAUGAAGGCAGUAGUGACCUUGACAUACCUGCAUUUCGUGAAUACACCAUUGAGCAACUAAGGAUAGCUACAUCUGGAUUUGCUGUUGAGAAUAUAGUUUCAGAACAUGGGGAAAAGGCUCCAAAUGUUGUUUAUAAGGGGAAGCUCGAGAAUCAAAAACGGAUUGCCGUCAAACGGUUUAACAGAUCAGCUUGGCCAGAUGCUAGGCAAUUUCUGGAAGAGGCCAAGAAUGUAGGUCUGCUACGAAAUCUAAGGUUGGCAAAUUUGCUUGGUUGUUGCUGUGAAGGCGAUGAGAGAUUACUAAUUGCAGAAUAUAUGCCUAAUGAAACUUUGGCAAAGCACUUGUUUCAUUGGGAUUCUCAACCUUUGAAAUGGACCAUGCGGUUAAGAGUGGCCUUAUAUAUUGCACAAGCUUUGGAGUACUGUACAAGUAAAGGCCGUGCCCUAUAUCAUGAUCUCAAUGCCUAUAGAGUGGUUUUUGAUGACGAUGGAAACCCCAGGCUUUCAUGCUUUGGUAUGAUGAAAAACAGUAGAGAUGGUAAAAGCUACAGCACAAAUUUGGCAUUUUGUCCUCCGGAGUAUCUAAAAACAGGAAGAGUUACUCCAGAAAGUGUUAUGUACAGCUUUGGCACUCUAUUGCUUGACCUCCUCAGUGGAAAACAUAUCCCACCUAGCCAUGCUCUUGACUUAAUAAGGGACAGGAAUCUUCAAAUGCUGACAGAUUCUUGUUUGGAAGGACAAUUUUCAAAUGAUGAAGGGACUGAAUUAGUGAGAUUAGCUUCUCGCUGCUUGCAGUAUGAGCCUCGAGAACGCCCUAAUCCAAAAUCAUUAGUUUCCUCUCUAACUCCUCUUCAGACGGACACUGAGGUUCCUUCACAUGUAUUAUUGGGCAUACCGCGUGAUGCCUCAGAUUUACCUCUUACACCACUUGGUGAAGCUUGCUUAAGAAUGGAUUUGACUGUCAUUCACGAGAUUUUAGAAAAGAUAAACUACAAGGACGAUGAGGGUUCAGCAACCGAGCUUUCUUUCCAGAUGUGGACCAACCAGAUGCAGGAAACAUUGAGUUCAAAGAAGAAUGGUGAUCUUGCUUUUAGACACAAGGAUUUUAGAGCUGCAAUUGAUUCCUAUACUCAGUUCAUUGAUGCUGGAGCAGUGCUUUCCCCAACAAUGUUUGCACGUCGUAGUUUGUCAUAUCUCGCAUGUGAGAUGCCACAAGAAGCUCUAAAUGAUGCAAUGCAGGCUCAAGUUAUAUCACCUGUCUGGCAUAUUGCAUCUUAUUUGCAAGCUGCUGCACUUUUUGCACUUGGUAGUAACAACGAGGCACAAACAGCUCUCAGAGAGGGAUUUGCACUUGAGACCAAAACAACUGCCAAAUAAGUAAAUGGUGACUUAUAUCUAAAUUAUUAGUAUUGCAGAAAUUUGAGGUUUAACUGCAGCCAGUCACAAGCAUGCCAAACUUGUUCAAACUGAUCCUUUUGUCCUCAAAUCCAUCCAUAAUACUGAGCUGCAACUUAAGAAGACUUUUCUUGGAGUCCCUUCUGAUGGAUUCCCUUUAUUUAUAUGGAACUGGCUGGAGUUUAGUCAGUUUUCUGAUAGAUGACCCAGAAAACUAGGAGAACUUAGAAAAUUAAUUUGGUUUUGUAAAAGAGUCAACUGUCUAAAUUAUGCUUGGGGGGGGGGGGGGGGGGGGGCGGCGGCGGCCAGGGAUGGGAAUUAUGCUUGUAAUUUCUGUAUAGUUUAGCUUAUGUAGGCAAGGCUCCUGUCAAAUUUCUGUUAGGCUAUUUUGUAUGUUUGUUUUUGUCAGAUACAUGGACAAAUAUAUUUUGUUAACACUAUACAUUCAAUCAAUCAAUGCUCUUUUAACUGUUUA